AACAGAAUCAUUCCACGUGUACGGAUUAUGAGCGGAGUCACCCGGUGCUUCAGCUGUCUUAACAGCGGAUUAACAUUUUAUAUAUCGAUGCUAAUUGAACUGAACUGUAUUCUUUCUUUCUCUCUUGUAAUUUGCGGUCAUAGCGAUCAGACGUGAUUUUUGUAUAUGAAGAAAUAAAUGAAGUUAAAUAGUGUAUAUAUGAUUCUUAUUUGCGAACCCCAUUACAAUGAUGUCAAAGCAGUGAGGCAUCACAACUAUUCAUUGGUGGCCCAUGAGGGGAACCUUGCUCAUAAGAAUCAUAAUUAAUAAUUGCUAAAAGCUGUUUGGCAAUUUUAUCUUCGUGGUCGGCUUCAUCCAGAUAAAUCACCGUGCCUACGUUUUCUAUCGCGCUCGCUCUCAUCACGACAGAGCAGUAUACGCAAACAUUCGCGCUCGCUCUCAUCACGACAGAGCUAAGUCCCGUUGCCCUUCGAUUCCGUUAGAUUUGCCGGAAUCUCUGCCAACUCAAAAAAACAAGACGUCAAAGAAGAACACCGAUAACAUACGAGCAUUUGUGCAUAUUACAUACAGUGGAGCAACGUCAGUAUAAACAAUGUCGAAAUUUGAUCAACUGGUGCGAGUUCAAACUGACCGCAUUGAGUCUUUGAAGCGCUUGUUCAGUAAUGUGAAAAAAGACUCGAGUGCGCGGAAAACGGAAAUAUAUUUCGAAAAACGUUUGAAUCAAAUCGACGAGUUUAACAAAGAAUUUCAUCAGGCGCAUCACACACUUAUAUGCAUGGCAGACUACGAAGAAAGUGUGUAUAAGCAACAAAAUACAAUCAGCCAAUUCGAAGACCUGGGCAUGGAAGUUUACUGUUUCGUGGCCGAAGAAAAGAAACGAAUUUAUCCAGGCACAGUGACGCACAACGAAUCAGCUAACUCUACAAUAACAACACAUGUAGAGGAAGUACGGAUACCACUGCCAAAAUUACCAGUUCCGAAAUUCUCUGGCAACUGCGCGGACUGGCCAAGUUUUCAUGAUGCAUUUUUACGCUUAAUUCACAAUAAUGAGCGUCUGGAUAAUAUUCAAAGGUUCCAUUUUUUAAAGGAAGCAUUACCAGUAGGCCUGGACAACGACAUUCGCCAAAUCGCUUUAACUGAAGCAAACUAUGAAGUCGCUUGGACCACACUUCUACAACGAUAUAACAACCCACGAAUUGUGUUCGCCAGCCACAUGAACAUGCUCUACAACUUACCGAAUCUUUCGAAAGAAAAAUCUGCUGACAUACGGUCUAUGGUUAGCACAGUCAACGUCUGCAUUGCCGCUUGCAAUACCGUCAAGGCGCCACUACAGGGAGGAGAUUUUUGGUUGACUCAUUAUCUAACAACCAAACUACCCAAAGACACUCACACAGCUUGGGAGCAUCAUCUGGGCAGCAAGAUUGACGUUCCUUCAUACAAAGAUCUGCAACAGUUCCUCAAUGAUCGACUUGUUACGUUAGACGCUAUUGAAAGCCGUAACGCGUGCAGCGGCAUGAAACAGUCAAAUGAAACUUCAGACGGUACUAAACGCGUGCGUGUGCACAGCGCCCACACCAGGUCGGGUGCUUCCGCGUCCGCUUGCUAUCAUUGUGGCAACUUACACAUACUUCGAAGAUGUCCGCAAUUUCUUUCAAUGGAUUGCUACCAACGGAAGGAAGUGGCCAGCAAGGCAAAAUUGUGUCUCAAUUGCCUGGGAAAAUCGCACACACAAGCAAGCUGCCCCAGCAACAAGAAUUGUCUUCAUUGUGGUCAACGUCAUCACACGAUGUUACAUUUUCCAGCAACACAGCCAACGCUGAUACCCUCCUCGACAUCAUGCCAAAGUUCAGCAGCCAGUUCAGAUGCCAAGCCGACUCUACAGUGCAUGUCAACUACAACUUCAUCUAUGACUCAUCGAAAGGUACUACUAGCAACAGCUCGGGUUGUACUCAGUAACACACAGACAGGAUGCCAGGCCACGGUAAACGCGCUUCUUGACCAAGGAUCGGAAGCAACUAUCAUUUCGGAGCAUGCUGUACAGUCUCUCCAGCUCUCCCGAAGCACAACUCGCACUUCAAUCACCGGAGUCGGUCAAGAUUCAGGACGACGCUGCAAAUUCAUCGUAAGUUGUUCGGUGCAAACAGCAACUAACCCAAAUUUCUCGUUAAAGGUCGACGAUGCUUAUGUUUUGAACACGUUGACAUCACACAUGCCAAGUCAAAGUUUUCCAGCAGGAAACUGGAGUCAUAUCCAUGGUCUCAUGCUCGCAGACCCCUAUUAUUAUAGAUCCAAGCGAAUCGAUAUCAUUUUUGGAGCCGACCUUAUGGCACAACUCUUGUUACCUGGAACUAAGAUUGGCUUGCCAAACGAACCCAUAGCGCAGAAUACUCAACUCGGAUGGGUUCUGUUAGGCAAUGUUGGCAACACGCAUAUUACACGCCACAUUCGAUGUAAUCAUGCCAUAAUAAACUCCGAAGAGCUGCUUAAGGUAUUUUGCGAGGUAGAAUCAGUUCCAGAACGCCCAAAGCUCUCCAAAGAAGAUCAAUGGUGCGAGUCUUUCUUUAAGCAGACCCAUCAACGUCAACCAGACGGCAGUUAUCAAGUCCGUUUGCCAUUCAAGAGGAACUUUGACCCCAGUAUGACGCUCGGAAAAUCUCAUCAGAUCGCCCUGAACAGAUAUCUUCAACUCGAAAGGCGCCUUCAAAGGGACCCAGACAAAUGGAUCAGAUACUGCAAAGGAAUUGAAGAAUAUUUUCAACUAGGUCAAAUCACGUUGGCAGAGACGAGCGAAAACUCAACCAUAACCACGGAUUCCUACGGUCGGCAUGUUGCAUCAUGCGUGCUACCACAUCAUGCAGUUUUCAAAGAAGAAAGCCUCACCACAAAACAACGUAUCGUUUUUGACGCAUCGGCCCGGACCUCAAAUGGCAGAUCGUUAAACGAUGUACUAUGUGUAGGUCCCACGCUGCAAAAUGAUCUGCCAGCCGUUCUCUUGAAUUGGAGACAAUAUCAGUUUGUUUUCACUGCCGAUAUACAACGAAUGUAUCGCUGUAUCAAUGUCCACCCUGAUGACACGCAGUACCAGAGGAUUUUAUGGCGGGCGGCGGAUGGAGUCAUCAAACAGCAUUGCUUAACUACCGUCACGUUUGGAACAGCGUCUGCACCUUAUACAGCUAUAAGAGUCAUCCAUCAAAUAGCUGAAGACACACAGACAAAAUAUCCUAUGGCAUCCAACGUUCUCAAAAAUGAGAUAUAUGUCGACGACAUUCUCUCAGGCGAUCAUUCACAAGAGGCAGCAAUACGGAAAGGUUUGCAAACUAUGCUAGCUUUAAAAUCCUCUGGCAUGGAGCUACGAAAAUGGGCUAGUAAUGACCAGGAUCUGAUGGCAACGAUACCUCUCGAGCAUCGAUGCAAGCAGACAUCCCUCAGUUGGGACAAUGCGGACACCAUCAAAACACUGGGUAUGUACUGGUUGCCCAAGCAAGAUUGCUUCACUUAUAAAUUACUAGCAAAUACUCCAGCCGGUAUAACAAAACGAGAAAUCCUAUCGACCAUAGCACGUUUAUUUGAUCCUCUUGGAUUAAUCGCUCCAGUUGUAAUUUCAGCAAAGAUUAUAUUGAAAGAAAUCACACUAGCGAAGCAAUAUCGCGAGGACGGAUCGAGUACAUCACUGGAUUGGGAUGAGCCAGUUCCCAACACCAUUGCCGUCAAAUGGCAACAAUUUCGACAGCAACUAAUGAAGGUUAAGACGAUCAAAAUACCACGCAGCGUCAAAUUUACGCCACUAUUUAGUAGUGAGAUACAACUGCACACCUUUUGCGAUGGAUCCUCCAGUGCUUACGCAGCAGCAGUGUAUGCACGCACCCAACAGUCUGAUGGGACUUUCUAUACAACGCUCAUCGUCGCAAAAUCAAAAAUUUCGCCAACCAAGCCGUUAACAAUACCGCGCACUGAGCUAUGCGGUGCAGUAUUAGCUACCAAACUCACCAAAUGGGUGCUGGAGAAUAACCGAUGGACCAAUGCACAUAUAUCUACCUUUUACUGGACCGAUGCUACCAUUGUUCUGCACUGGAUUAAAGGAGACAUUACUAGGUGGAAAACGUUUGUAGCCAACCGAGUGUCUUACAUUCUCGACCACACCUCAGCGGCUCAGUGGCACCACAUAGACACAUCGGAAAACCCAGCAGAUUGCGCAACCAGAGGCUUACCACCGAGCCAAAUACCUGAUAUUUGGUGGCAUGGCCCAUCCUGGCUAUGCAAACCACACAAUAUUUGGCCAAACACGCAAUCACAAUUGCUCAAUCCAGAAGAACGGGAUCUGGAGGCCAAAUCCAUAAAAAUUAGAGCCUUCACUACCUUGUCAGACACAAAGGAUUCUAUUAUUGACCGAUUCUCGUCGUAUACAAAACUGCUACGUGUCACGGCAUACAUGUUACGAUUCUGCCACAAUGCUCAUGCUCGAGCACAACGAAGUCACGGAUCACUCUCUCCUGACGAGCUGGAUGAGGCCCUGAGCAUUCAAAUCUCUCUUUUUCUCGAAAACAUCCAAUUAUAUUACCUCAUUGUCACCUAUUUACAGAUUUGGUAAUUCAACACUCUCAUCAGCUCACUCUACAUGGCGGCGCUCAAUUAACACUGGCUCACAUACGCUACAAAUUCUGGAUUCCCAGAGGCAGACAAGCAGUCAGGCGAAUCAUCCGGAAAUGCGUCACAUGUUUUAAGGUAGCUCCAGUCGUAGCGAAGCAAUUGAUGGGUGACUUGCCAUUACAUCGAGUCAACCCCCCAACUCGUCCGUUCAUUACAACAGGAGUUGACUACACUGGUGCGAUUGAACUUCAAGCCGCGCGUGUACGAGGAUCAACCACCUACAAAGGCUAUGUAGCCAUUUUUAUAUGCUUAGCAACCAAGGCGGUCCACUUGGAAGCCGUCACUGGACUUUCAACAGAGCACUUCCUGCAAGCAUUUACGCGAUUCACCGGACGUCGAGGACAAGUUCAACAUAUGUAUAGUGAUAACGGCACAAAUUUUGUUGGCGCGAGUACAUCGCUUAACCAGCCCAUCACUUGCAAGGCAGCCCUAAACGAAUCGACAUGUCUACAUGGGACAAGGUGGCAUUUCACACCUCCAUAUUCUCCCAAUUUUGGUGGCAUCUGGGAGGCAAACGUGAAAGCAAUGAAGCAUCAUCUUAAACGGAUCGUCGGCAGCCACAAGCAGACGUAUGAGGAGCUUACUACAGUUUUGAUCAGGAUUGAAGCAUGUUUGAACUCACGUCCACUUUGCCCGCUAACCGCCGACCCUGACGAUUUAGAAGUACUAACUCCAGCACAUUUCUUAAUUGGUGACGCACUACUGGCACCGCCACAAGGUCGGCCGAAUAAUAAGCCUUUGCGUGAACUAUUUCUCGCACAACAACACAUGACGCGACAAUUCUGGUCUCAAUGGUCUCGUGAUUGGUUAUCACACUUGCAAACUCGGCCAAAGUGGUGCCAAAUCAAAGAUAAUCUUAGCAUCAACGACUUAGUCAUUAUAAAGGAUGAUAAUCUACCACCAGCUAAAUGGACUAUAGGCCGAGUCGUCGAACUGCACCCUGGAUCGGACUCGCUAGUCAGAGUGGUUACAUUAAAGACGAAAUCUGGCAUUCAAAAGAGGUCAAUCACAAAGCUUUGUCCACUUCCGAUUUCAACAUAAUUAUGAUCAACACACGGAUCAAGAAUCACAAGGAGCCUUCAUGCUGGACGACGCAUUGGCGGGCGGCAUGUACGGAUUAUGAGCGGAGUCACCCGGUGCUUCAGCUGUCUUAACAGCGGAUUAACAUUUUAUAUAUCGAUGCUAAUUGAACUGAACUGUAUUCUUUCUUUCUCUCUUGUAAUUUGCGGUCAUAGCGAUCAGACGUGAUUUUUGUAUAUGAAGAAAUAAAUGAAGUUAAAUAGUGUA